AUGAAUAUGAAACUUAAUCCCAAGACGCAUAAAGUUAAAUGGGAGUAUAUAGACCCUACUGGGUAUGAAGAGAGUAGUGAAUGGGAAAAAGUACAGAAGGAUAUUCUAACUCAUCAAGAUAACAAAAAGGAAGUCAGUAUGUCUACCAAGGCCAAUCGGUGGUUUAUAGAGAAUUACUUUCUAUCCAUGUUUGUAGGCCACCUUACGAUUAAUGAUGAGAGUGGUGUUCCCGACCCGAGCUUAAAACCUUACAUACAAUGGGCCGUUGACAACAUGGUAUAUCCCAAUGCACAAAUAGACAGUUCGAAUACCGAACGAAUAUGUUAUGACCAAAAGAAAGACAAGAUUAUUGAAGCAAUCCAUGCGGAUAUAAAGGAGCAUCUCAUGCAAUGGGCUGUGAUUAAAUGCAACUUGGACGCGUUGGACCAGGCAAGGACUGACCAUCAGAGUGUAUACUCUGGGAACUACACGAAUGUGGCACAGCGUUUUUUUGCUCUAUACCACUAUCAAUCACGCUAUCUGCCUUUCUUUAAGUCCUUUAUCGAAACAGAGAGGGCGAUCAGAAAUAAGAGUAAGGAAAAGGAUGUACAAAGAUGGCCAGAUGUGAUUACCCCGUUGGAAAAACGCCAGCUUAUUGAAAGAAUAACCCGGGAUGGCUUCCCGACUGUUUUGAAAGACGCUGCUGCAGCAAUCAAAGACUACCAUCGGGAAAGAAGUAUUAAAGAUGGGAAAAUGAAAUCCGAAUCUAGGCAGCCAUUGACCGAUGAUAAUUUAGCACUCAUUCAAGCACUUAUUGACUACCAAGAAGAUCUGAUUACCUAUGCUGCUCUUAACCCUGAUAACAAGUAUUAUCAGCAAUUGUUCGAAACUCUUAGCAAUCCAUAUAUAUCGGUCAUGACUGACGAUAGAAAAGCUAAUGUUCAGCAGAAACUAGAUGAGCUAUUUUUUGAAUUCCUCGCCACUCGCCCGUCACUUAAUGGAGAUCAAGCUAAUAAGGACAUAAAUGCGUAUGUCUGGAGCGGGGUUGUCCGAAACGAGAUGAGUCCGCUUAUAGUACAUUCUGAUGCUCUUAAGCAACAUCUUAAUUUGCUACCGCCCGCUCCAUCUGCAAGCCGACGCUCAUCUAUAGGCCGACGCUCAUCUGUAAGCCGACGCCUAAAUAACUUUACAGACUUGGAUGAGGACGACGAUGCAGAUAUAGAGAUUACAUCGGAACUAUUACAGGUUAAGAACGUGUCCGAGGGUAAAAACCAGGCAGCUGCUGAUUACAAGAGUCGAAAAACUAUUGCUAAAGCAGCUAGUAUAGGCAUUGCUGUUGUCACUGUGUUGCCUCUUCUAUACGCCACGGCUUUUGCCACCUCAAUGACUAUUUUCGGUAUCUUGAUAUUCUCAGAAACCUCAAAAUUACAUAUUAAGAUUGGUGGUCUCCUUAUUGUUGCAGUCAGUUUUCUGCUGGUCGGAAUUGUGCUGUUUAUGCAUAAGCUUUUGCCCUCUCUGUGGAGUUCGCAAUCUCAAACCGACUCAACCCAACUGUCAAAACCUAAAUUCAAUCACAAGAAUAUCAAGGAUUGGGUUAGUGUUGGGUUGAUAGGCGCCGUAAUUUUUGCAAUUGUGAUCUACACUGUUGUUAAAGACGAAGGAGUCGUCCGGGGUAUUUUUAGUGCGGUUAAGGACCAGCAACUUCUCCACGGCAUUGUGUUUGGCCUUUUACCUCUUGGGGCGGGAGUUUGGCAUACAUAUAAGCAGAAAGCGCGUAAAAGCACGAUAUAUUACAAGCUGAUACUUAUUGGUUUUGUUGUCAUACUAACUCUGGCUCUAUUUACUGCCAACUCAAUUCAGCCAUCUUCUCAUACUAGUUCAAUUGCAUCAAGUUCCAUAUCCGUUCAUUCGGGGGGUUUCAACCCUAACAACUCUAAGAUAUAUGUCUAA